AUGAGUAAUAUCGCUUCUUCGUACAACAAAUUGGGCAAACAUUCGCAAGCGCUUCAACUGUACGAAGAGGUUUUAGAAAACCAGAAAAUCGUUUUGGGGGAAGAUCAUCCCGAAACACUUAGUGCCAAGCACAAUAUCAGUCAUUCGUACAACAAUUUGGGCAAAUAUUCGCAAGCGCUUCAACUGUACGAAGAGAACAAUUUGGGCAAACAUUCGCAAGCGCUUCAACUGUUCGAAGAGGUUUUAGAACAGCGGAAAAUAGUUUUGGGGGAAAAUCAUCCCAGUACACUUAUUACCAUGAGUAAUAUCGCUUCUUCGUACAACAAAUUGGGCAAACAUUCGGAAGCACUUCAACUGUACGACGAAGUUUUAGAAAAGCAGAAAGUCGUUUUGGGAGAAGAUCAUCCAUAUAUACUUACUACCAAGAAUAACAUCGCUGUAUCGUACAACAAUUUGGACAAAUAUUCGCAAGGACUUCAACUUUACGAAGAGGUUUUAGAAACGGAGAAAAUCGUUUUGGGGGAAAAUCAUCCCAGUACACUUAUUACCAUGAGUAAUAUCGCUUCUUCGUACAACAAAUUGGGCAAACAUUCGCAAGCGCUUCAACUGUACGAAGAGGUUUUAGAAAAGCAGAAAAUCGUUUUGGGGGAAGAUCAUCCCGAAACACUUAGUGCCAAGCACAAUAUCAGUCAUUCGUACAACAAUUUGGGCAAAUAUUCGCAAGCCCUUCAACUGUACGAAGAGGUUUUAGAAAAGCGGAAAAUCGUUUUGGGGGAAAAUCAUCCCAGUACACUUAUUACCAUGAGUAAUAUCGCUUCUUCGUACAACAAAUUGGGCAAACAUUCGGAAGCACUUCAACUGUACGACGAAGUUUUAGAAAAGCAGAAAGUCGUUUUGGGAGAAGAUCAUCCAUAUAUACUUACUACCAAGAAUAACAUCGCUGUUUCGUACAACAAUUUGGACAAAUAUUCGCAAGGACUUCAACUUUACGAAGAGGUUUUAGAAACGGAGAAAAUCGUUUUGGGGGAAAAUCAUCCCAGUACACUUAUUACCAUGAGUAAUAUCGCUUCUUCGUACAACAAAUUGGGCAAACAUUCGCAAGCGCUUCAACUGUACGAAGAGGUUUUAGAAAAGCAGAAAAUCGUUUUGGGGGAAGAUCAUCCCGAAACACUUAGUGCCAAGCACAAUAUCAGUCAUUCGUACAACAAUUUGGGCAAAUAUUCGCAAGCCCUUCAACUGUACGAAGAGGUUUUAGAAAAGCGGAAAAUCGUUUUGGGGGAAAAUCAUCCCGAUACACUUAUUACCAUGAGUAAUAUCGCUUCUUCGUACAACAAUUUGGGCAAACAUUCGCAAGCGCUUCAACUGUACGAAGAGGUUUUAGAAAAGCAGAAAAUCGUUUUGGGGGAAGAUCAUCCCGAAACACUUAGUACCUAGCACAAUAUCAGUCAUUCGUACAACAAUUUGGGCAAAUAUUCGUAAGCGCUUCAACUGUACGAAGAGGUUUUAGAAAAGCGGAAAAUCGUUUUGGGGGAAAAUCAUCCCGAUACACUUCGUACCAA